AUGGCUGCAGCCGAUGUUCUAUCAAGCCCUUCCGGAAGCUCGGGCGCAAACGCUACAUAUGGCUGGUCAACGGCCCAGCUUGGGACGAGGACGACUGGAUUGGAUGAGAUCGCGUGGAGCCAGGAGGACGUGAGACUGAGGCUGGGCCUCAUUUCGCAAGCGUGGAUUGAAUACCGAUCACAACAGUUGCAGAAAUUGUCCUGCCUCACCCAUGUCGCAGGUACCAUCAUAUCCGGGCGGCUCCUUGUCCCUGAAUUGAUACCCCGAUGGAGCCGCAAGUUCCCAGUGUGCCCGUCAUAUGAUGACGAGGAAUUCCAAGCUGCUGCUUCAUGCCCAGCAGUUGCAGACGAACGUGCACGCCGGCGUAGCCCCCAGCAGUCUGAGCUGGACAGCUCAUCGACCUUGAAUGCUCGGGGUUCUGAGCGGAGACGCCAGACGGAUGACAUCCUGCACGCUCCCAGCAGGGAACAGCCCAUCGAUUUCACAUCGGAGGAAGGGUUCAUUCAAGCCGCCAAGAAGAAGAAGAAGGCGACGCAGACUUUCAACUGGGACGACAACGAGAAGAAGGACGACAACGCUGGCGAGGAGAAGAAAGAAGGCGACGGCGAUCUCGGAGGUGGUGGUGGUGAUGCGGGCAACGGCAACGGUGGGGAUGACAACAAGGACAACAACGCCGAGCCCAAUCCAGACGACGAAUGGGGUGACUUCACCUCCGUCUCCAAGAAGAAGAAGGGCAAGAAAGGUGCCGCUGCCGCUGUAGAAGAGAAGAAAGACGAUCCUCCAGCAGGCACUGGUUCUGGUUUUGAUGCCUUUCACGAGAUCAAGUUAGACGACACGGGACCUUCUCUAGAACUCAAUUUUGGAUCCACGCCAGCUGCAGACACCAAAACGACAUCCUUCGGCGCCUGGGGGACCUCUUGGAGUACAGGCUCGGGCUGGGACUUUUCGGCAACCAAGGACGCGGACAAGACUGAAGAGAAGCCCAAGGAAGAAGAGUCGAAUCCUUGGAGCAUCAACCGUCCCAAGCCAAAGAAGAAGAACAAGACUACCUUCUCCUUUGGCGCCUUCGACGAGGCUGAGGAGAAUCCUGAGGAGCCCUCGAUGGGUGAUGUUGCCGCCAAGAAGGACGAAGACGACGGUUUCGGCUUCACUGUCUCCAGCAAAAAGGACAAGAAGAAAAAGAAGACCAACCUCUGGGAUCCUGAGCCCGAAGAAGAAAAGAAGGAGGAGCCCGUCGAGGACACCUGGGGCGGUUGGGGCACGGCGACCAGCAAGAAGAAGAAGGGCAAGGUCGCCGAGCCCGAGCCCGAGCCCGAGCCCGAGCCUGAGAAGGCAGCCGACCCUCCGCCAGAGGAUGACUGGUUUACCCCUGCCACCAAGAAGGACAAGAAGAAGAAGAAAGGUGCCAUCGAGGAGCCAGUGGUCGAGGAACCUCCGCCGAAAGAGCCGGAGCCCGCGGCCGACGAUUUUUGGGGCACCGUCAGCACCAAGAAGAAGAAGAAGGGCAAGAACGCCGUCCUCGAACCGGAUCCGCCCAAGGAGCCCGAACCCGAGCCAGAACCCGAGCCAGAACCUGAACCCGAAAAGAAAGAGGAAGAGGAUCUCUGGGGAGGCUGGGGCACUACGACCAAGAAGAAGAAGAAGAAGGGCGCGGUCGUAGAAGAGCCCAAGGUCGAAGAGCCUCCACCUCCGCCCAAGGAACCCGAACCGGAACCCGUCGAUGACUUCUGGGGCACGGUCUCCAAGAAAGACAAGAAGAAGAAAGGUAAGAACGCCAUCGUAGAGGAACCGCCCAAGGAACCCGAUCCGAUACCAGAGCCCGAGCCCGAGCCGGAACCAGAACCGGAAAGGAAAGCCGAAGACGACUGGUGGGCUCCGGUUUCGAAGAAGGACAAGAAGAAGAAGAAGGGAGCCGCAGCCGAGCCCGAACCCCCUCCACCUCCGCCAGUCGAGGAGAAGCCCGCUGUCGAUGACGACUGGGGCGUCUUCGGUACUAAGAAGGACAAGAAGAAGAAAAAGGGCGCUAUUGAAGAGGUUGUCGAACCCCCUCCUGUCGAGGAGAAGCACGAGGAGAAGGCCGACGAUUUCGACUUUGGCUGGGGCACUACCACUUCGAAGAAGAAAAAGAAGGGAAAGAAUGCCGAACCCGAACCUCCUCCCCCGGAGCCCGAGCCUGAACCUGAGCCAGUCAAAGAAGAGAAGGCAGAGGACGACUGGCUCGGUUGGGGUACGAGCAAGAAGGACAAGAAGAAAAAGGGCAAAGCAGCCGACCCCGAGCCAAUUCCCGAACCGGAGCCGGAGCCGGAGCCCAUCAAGGAAGACAACAGCUGGGAUGUCUGGGGAAGUGCUUCUAAGAAGGACAAGAAGAAGAAAGGCAAGAACGCCAUCCCUGAACCAGAACCCGAGCCUGUCAAGGAGCCUGAACCCGAGCCGGAACCGGAACCAGUCAAGGAAGACAAUUCCUGGGAUGUCUGGGGCACGUCGACUUCUAAGAAAGAUAAGAAGAAGAAAGGCAAGAACGCCGUCCCUGAACCAGAACCCGAGCCCAUUAAGGAGCCUGAGCCCGAGCCCGAACCCGAGAAGAAAGAAGACGACGACUUCUGGGGCAGUUUCGGCACGAAAAAGGACAAGAAAAAGAAGAAGGGCAAGGAUGUCGAACCCGAACCCGUUAAGGAGCCUGAACCUGAGCCUGAGCCCGAGAAGAAAGAGGAAGACGACCUCUGGGGCUUUUCUACUUCCAAGAAAGACAAGAAGAAGAAAAAGGGUAAGGACCCUGAGCCCGAACCCGUCAAGGAGCCUGAACCGGAACCCGAGCCUGAGAAGAAGGAUGACGACGACUUCUGGGGCAGCUUUGGCACUAAGAAGGACAAGAAAAAGAAGGGCAAGAACGCCGAGCUGGAGCCUGUGGUCGAGGAGCCUCCCAAGGAACCCGAGCCGGAACCCGUAGACGACUUCUGGGCAUCCGCCACGUCCAAAAAGGACAAGAAAAAGAAGAAGGGCGUCAUCGAGGAGAUCAAGGAAGAGCCCGUGCCAGACCCACCCGUCGUGGAAGAGUCCAACCCAUGGGAUGCAUGGGGCAGCACCAAGAAGGACAAAAAGAAAAAGGGCAAGGAUGAUGCUUCUACCAAUGGCGACACCAAGAUUUCUACCGAGGCUGCGGAUGACGACUGGGCAAACUGGGGUCAAGCUUCCAGCAAGAAGAAGAAGGGCAAGAAAGACGUCGAGCCUGAGCCCGAACCCGAACCGGAGCCGGAACCUGAGAAGAAGGCUGAUGAGGACGACUUCUGGAGCACCUUUGGAACAGGUAAGAAGGACAAGAAGAAGAAGAACGAGGAAGUGGUGCCUGUCGUUGAAGAACCGCCACCCGCCGAUGACAUCUGGGGCGUUUCCACGUCGAAAAAGAAGAAGAAGAAGGGUGCUAUUGCGGAGCCUGAGCCGCCUCCGCCACCUCCCGUUGAAGAGAAGGCUGCCGAGGAAGACGACUGGGGCAUUUGGGGCACAUCCUCGAAAAAGAAGAAGAAGGGCAAGGAUGCCAUCCCCGACCCCGAGCCGGAACCCGUGAAGGAGCCGGAGCCUGAGCAUGAGCCUGAGACCAACGUAUGGGGCGAGCCCGAGAAAUCCAAAGACGACAAGAAGAAGAAAGAGAAGGAGCCCAAGCUGAGCAAGAAGGAGCUUGAGAAGCUCGAGAAGGAGAAGAAGAAGGCUGAAAAGGAGAAGGCCAAGAAGGAGGCUCAGGAAGCCAAGGAGGCAGAAGAGAAGGCUGCGCGCGAAGCAGAGGAGCAAGCUGCUCGCGAAGCUGAAGAGGCCGCUCAGCGCGAGGCCGAAGAAGCUGCAGCCAAGGAGGCCGAAGAAGCCGCCGCAAAGGAGGCCGAGGCAGCCAAGGUCGUCGAAGAAGAGGAGCAACUUGCUGCGCUUCAGGCAAAGAAGGAUCGAGGCCGCAAACUCACCAAGAAAGAGCAGCGCGAGUUCGACACGCUUACCGAGAAUGCAGACCUGCGCGCCGCAGAGACUGCUGCUCGUGAAGCUGAGGAGCAAGCCGCUCGCGAGGCCGAGGAGCAGGCUGCGCGCGAGGCUGAGGAGGCUGCGGAGCGGGAGCGGGAAGAAGCCGAGGCCAAGAAGAAGGGCAAGUCCUCGUCGAAAGACAAGGACAAGUCAUCCAAGUCCUCCAAGUCUAAGGACAAGAAAGACAAGGAUAAGAGCAAGGAUGACGAUAAGGAUGGCGACCUGCUCGACCUUACCAACGAAGAUGUGGAGGAUAUCUUAUCGCCGAAAUCCACCACGGACGCUUUCAGUUUCUGGGGUGCAGCUAAGAAACCCGCCAAGGCUAAAUCGGGUGCAGCCGAGAUUAGGUCGGCUGAGUCAUCCAGGGUUCUCGAAGCUACGAUCAGUAGCGCCGACGCCGACGCGUGGAAGGACACGCCAUCCUCAUUCAGAGAUGCGACGGCCUCCAUGAAGACCAAGAAGGCUGUCGGAGGCAAGAUUGCUGACAGGCUCAAGGCCUUUGAGUCAAUCCACGACGCCCCGGAGCCUCCCGCAGACCCCAUCCCGCCACCGCCUCCUCCUCCUGCACCUAGCGAUAAGAAGAAGAGCUCCAAGUCCAAGAAGGACAGAUCCUACGACUUUGUCGACAUUGUUGAGGAGCCGCCGAUCGCCGAGUCGACCAAGAGAAGCAAGAAAUCCACCUUCCCCGGCAGCUUCCCCAUCGACGAGGAUGACGACGAGAUAGUCGAAAUCGUCGACAUGGCCCCUGAAAAGAAGUCCAAGAAGAGCAAGUCCAAGUCCAAGGGCAGCGAUGCGAUCCCUAUACCUCCGGCCGUGCCCAUGGCGCCGCCCGCGGUUCCCGACGCGCCCCUGACCUCGCCUCCCGAACCCAAGUCGAGCAAGAAGGACAGGCCCAAGAUCAACCGCGAAGGCUCCUCGUGGGGCAUGUGGACAGCCGGCGGCAGCAGCGCGCCAAAGGACAAAGACAAGGAGCGCAAAUCGUCCAAGUCCAAGUCGGACGACAGGAAGGAGAGCAGCCACAGGAAGCGAUCGGGCGACAAGGAGGAGAAGUCGUCGUCCAAGGGCUCGUCGUCGGACAAAGCCGAGCGCGUUAAGGAGACGCCUGCCGCCAAAUCGGCCGCGCGCAUGACGAGCAUCUUCGCGAGCACCCCUCCUCUGUCGCGAUCCAUGUCGUCCCGCGAGAAGCGCGGCAGCGUGAGCAAGAGCUCGCGACGGCACUCUGUUGACAUGGCGCACGGCAUCGCGUCACCUCCACCGGAGGAGGUGCCCGAGAUGUCUGCCAAGGCGGCCAAGAUCCUGGGCGUCGGGAAGUCUAGCAGCAAGAAGAGCAAGCGAGCUCCUGUCGACACGGACGAUGACAUCGUCAUGGUCGGUGCCGGAGAUGCCCAGUCCAGUCCGGACAAGACUGGGCGCCGUCGAUCGAAGCACCACAAGCAGGACGAGGACAUCAUCAUGGUCGAAACCCCCGAACCAGUCCGACCACAACUCAAACGAUCCGACUCGAGCGCUAGGAAAUCUGGCCUCGGCGGUCUCUUCAGCAGCCUGCGCACACCAAAGACCGAGCCGCGACCGGAACCUCCUCGACGGCGCAGCACCUUUGCCACAACUGAUGACGAAGCAAGGAGGACGUCUGAUGCGGCCGCCACAGAUGUGGAACAAGAAGCUCGGCGGGCCGCAAGGCGCGCCCGCCGCGCGGAGAAGGAGGCUGCCGAGAAGGCUGCCGAUGAGGCAAGGCGUCACAAGGACGAAGCCCGCCGCGAACGACGCAAGAAACACGAAGAAGAGUCCGAGGCUCGUCGGCAGGAGGAGAAGGAUGCUCGGCGAGCGGAGAGGCGCGCCGCGCGUGCCCGCGAAGAAGCCGAUCGGAGAGCCGUGGAAGAGAAGGAGGCCGAGCGUGUAGAGCGCCGCCGCCAGCGCAAAGAGCACGAGCGCGAGGCGGGCAACGAUGCUGAUGCCGAGGCCCGUCGAGCCGCAAGACACGAACGCCGUCGCUCUCACCAGCCCGACAGCGAGCGCGAGGACGACGAGGAGCGUCGCCAAAGACAUGAGGCCAGGCGUGCUGCGCGCGAGGCGGAGGGCAAGACUUCGCGCCGCCACUCGACGCAAGACGGGUACGUCUACCCGCAUAGCGGCAGGAGACACGAUGACCGCAAGAAGCCCACGUGGCCGCAUUCGGGCACGUCAUCGUGGGUAAAGGAGCACUCGGAUGCGCCGCCGCCGCCCGAUGAUGGUGGCUACACUACCGGCGCGGCCGAUGCGGAGGACGGCCGGCGCGAGGAGCGCAGGCGACGUAGGAGAAGCAAGUACGAGGAUGCCGGGGCGGCGACGGGAACCGACGCCGAUGACGAGCAGCGCCGGCGCCGUGCGCGGAGAGAAGAGAGGGAGCGCGAGCGGGGGCAGAGGGACUCGCGCAAGGCCGAGUCGGAGGGGAGCGACGAGCGGAGGGGCAGCCAGCGCAACUCGGUAUUUAUGGACACCACGCCGCGCAGCAGCUGGUGGAAGAAGAUUACUGGCAACUGA